AUGGUUUGGAGAAUAGCCUCAUCUCAUCCAUCACUAUGGGUCCAGUGGAUCAAAACGUAUCUCAUCCCUACGGACUCCUUCUGGUCAGUUCGAGAUACUGGUUUGGGAUCAUGGGUCUGGCGAAAGUUAUUGAAAUGCAGAGAUUUGGCAAAGCAGUUCUACAAGGUGGAAGUUCAUAACGGCCAGAGAACUUCAUUCUGGUACGACAACUGGUCGCCGCUAGGUACGCUGAUCGACAUCACUGGACCACGGGGUUUUAUUGAUCUGGGUAUUACUUCGAGUAAAUCGGUGGCGGACGCUCUCACUGGUCUCGGACGCAGACGCCAUAGAACAGAGCAGCUACGGGCUAUCCAAGUCAUGCUCAACUCUCUAUGCAGCCGGAGCAUGCACACUGCAGAAGACAUACCGCUUUGGAAAGUUUCUGCGGACGUAUACAAACCUUCUUUCAGUACAAAGAAUACCUGGAUACAGCCCCGACAUGCCGGACCCGUUAUUCAAUGGCACCGUGGAGUUUGGUUUACUCAUUCCACCCCUAAAUUCUGUUUCUUUGCCUGGUUAGCGAUGCAUAAUCGUUUGGCUACCGGAGAUAGAAUGCUCUCUUGGAAUGCAGGUGUCAAUGCUACUUGUCUCCUAUGUCAGCAGUCUGUGGAAUCCCGCAAUCACCUCUUCUUCGCAUGUCGAUACUCUGCAGCAGUCUGGAGUGUGUUGACAAAGGGUCUUCUCAAAGGCCUCUACACCACAAACUGGAACGCCCUUGUCUCCGUCAUUUCAAAUACCACUCAACCACGACAUACCCAAUUCCUAAUUCGGUAUGUUUUUCAAGCCACAAUUCAUGGUCUCUGGACGGAACGGAACUCUCGGCGCCAUGGAAAACAGCCACUUCCCCCAGCUCAACUCGUUCAGCUCAUUGACAAAACCACACGGAACCGCCUUUCAUCAAUUACGCAGAUUGGAGAUCGAAAGUUUGAUGGUGCGUUGCAAACCUGGUUUGAAACAAGAAGCUAG